UUCUGAUUAUUAUAAUUCUGAUUUUUACUCUUUAAAAAAUAAUUCUUUUUUAAUAAGGCAAUGCUUCGCGAUGAAUUACCCUUUUCCCCUGGGGACGAAGUUGCAGUUCUUGAUUGUCCUUCUGAUGAGUUAUGGUAUGGAAUUUGUGGGCCUAGAAGUGGGUGGUUUCCUGCUGCAUAUAUUCGAGUAAUUUUUAGAGAAAAAAUUUUUUUUCAAAUUUUUUAG